GUAAAAGAUGAAUUCAAAGGGAUACUGUCUUCCAUAUUCAAGUGGAGAGGGGCAGGUGGUGAUGGUGGUGGUGGUGGUGAUAGGCGGGUGUAGCGAGUGUGGUCGGGUGUGCUAUGUAAUGGUGUACACGUGAAUUAUGAACUACCUCUCAUAACGUACCAUGAGCCGAGUCUUCAAAUGGUGUGAUUAUCCGGAACUAAUUAUAAUGUAUGUCCCAGAAACACAUCAUUCAUUAUUUGCUUGCUGUGUGUGACGGUAAAUACUCUUCACGGCCUCCUCGUGCGCUGUUUUCUUUCUUCUGCGUCACCCGCGUACCCCUCAAGGUCCUUCCGCGGCGUGCUUCCUUUCUUCCACGUAAACUGCGAAGUAACACCACGUGCGUGAAGGCUAGAUCCAGGUCGCUCUGUUCCUAGAUGGCGCUGCGCUGGGCGGAAGGACACGUGCUGCAGCCCGCCCGAUCUGCCCCACGUGGGAGGAGGGCGGGAGGGCGGACUACGAACCGCCAUGAAUGAGUGGGAGGCGAGGGCGAGGAAGGAGGGGGGCGGGCGGGUAGGGGGUAGCGGCAGAGGUCUGAACAGAGGUCGGGCCGCGUGAACACAGGCACUUGGGAGGAAGGGUGGCAGGAGGGGCGGGGAUGGAGGCACUGAAGUGAGGAGGAAUGGGAGUAAUAGAGGAGGGGGCACAAGGAGGGCCAGGAACACGAGGGAGGAGGAGAAGGAAGAAGAGGAAGAAGAUGAGGAUGAGUAGGUGCGAGGGAGUGCCUGCCACCUCCGUACAUAAGGCACUGGCUGACUCCCGUGGCUCAGUCCUGCAGCGGCGCUGACGAGAGGUGCACGCAGUCGCUGGCUCUCGUCCCAUCUCUCUCCUUCUCCCUCUCUAUCCCGCCCUCACUCUCCCCUCGCUCCGUCGACAGCCGAGGCCGGAGGAGGGCACCCUGACAUCCCUUGCACCACCCACCACCCUCCGUCACCUGAAGCCCCUGGAACACACUUCGGCACCUUCAGGAAAACUUUUAUCUCCCCUCGCCGGGACAGUGUCGUGCUUGCGGUCGUGUGAGUGACAGCCACAGGUGGACAGACGAGUGUGGCGGCGCCUUACCCCCACCUACCCAACCACACCUGACACGACCACACCAACACACACGCACUUUCACCCUUCACCACACCUGACAGCCACAACAACUCACGUCUACCCCUUCACCACACCUGCCAACCACAACAACACACACUUGAUACUUACCACACUUUACCACACCUGACCACACCUGCAGCACCACACACUUUUUACCCCUCACAACCACACCUUACCACAACAGACAACCACCCCGUCUUACACCACACAACACAACAUACCAACACUAAAAAACACCGCAGACUUAGCAACCUCACCCACAACUUUUAAAACCCACCCUUCACAAUACGUCCUUAUCAUCCUCCCCGCUCCCCCCGCGCCACACGGCCACCACAGCCACCGCCCAGACGGCCUGCCUGUGUCCCGGUCCCGCGGCACUGCCAAACGCGCCGCCCAGAUUACGUAACCUAAAGAGAGUCACGUCGCGCCGGAGGAAGUGAGGCCAACUUCUGAGAGCGCGUGGUGUGACCUAACGUGCGUGCGUGCGUGCGUGUGACGGGUCAAGGAAAUGCAGCACUGACUCCAGGAAUAUAAAAAGGAGAGACUGACAUAAGGAGAACGGAAUGAACACAAGGAAAUAAGGAAGAGGAUAGAAAAAAGUAAUAGACUGAUACAACGACGAGACGGACAGAAAGCAAGAAGGAGGCUGCCGGAGUAGGUGAAGGAGGGGGAGGAGUAAAAGUUUCGGUGGUGGUGCUGGUGGUGGUGGUGGUGUUGGUGUUCGUGGAGUUGGUGUUUCCUCAUCACCGGAAGCGAAGCAGCGGAUGUUGUGUGCUCAGGUCAUUCUGCUCUUCCGUCACCCUCAAGAACACGCUUUAUGCACCACGUAAGGUGUAAUGGCGACGGUGUUUCGUCGCUCGUGGAGCGUUGAUUCCUCAUCAGAGUAAUUAUUAGGCGUGAAAACGAGACAUGAGGGAGGCGAGGAGCGGAGGGGCGCGGCAAUACCAACAAGAAUAUCAACAGCACCAGGAGACAGUGUGCUGCCGGUGUGCUUUGUGAGUGUUCCAGCGGCUGGAGGGACGUGAUGGUGGCCGGGGGGGCGGCGACCCUGCCCAGAGCCUUCACGGGAAGUGCCACCGCUUGGCCAAGGGUCACUGGUGCCGCGAGGGGAGAAAAUCAAGAGCCCUCGGCACCUCAGACCUGGACGGACGCCGGGGACAACCCUGGCGGAGGGGGGCCGCCUCUGGCAGGGGAUGGCCCCGAGGAAGGAGAGAGGAACGUGACAGGUGGCGUGCCAAGGUUCUUGUGGUCGCUAUACAAAGCCGGCGGAGUGUACAGAAACGAGAGCGGCGGCGGCGGCGUCGAUAGUGAAGUGUUGGAAGGGAGUGAUGUGGCGGGUGUUGGGCGGCCGCUGAGUGCCAGGUACAACCUGACGGUGGGUGGAGUGCUGGGGGGGCCGGGCGGGGGCGUGGGGAACGUGACAUCGAGUGUGGAGGACACUGGCAGCCACGGCUUCCUUGACAUCCUGAUGGGCUCGACGCCACAGCUCCAGGAACGGAAUGUGACGCACCGGAAUACCUCGGUCAUCAAGGAGGCUCUUGGCUUCUCCUUGGAGUCUGGGGAUGACGCCUCGGAGACGGGAUCCCUCCAGAGGCUGUUCCUGAGCAGACCUGAGCCCGUGUACCUCUCCGCCCUGGACGACAACCUGAGUGUGGACCGGCCAGGCCUCGCCACGCUGUCCAACUUCACGGAGCCGCUCUUCGCUGACUACCCGCCGCACCUCCUGGACUUUGCUGUCUUCUGCUGCGUCCUGUUCAUCGUGCUGGGCGUCCCCGGGAACCUCAUCACCAUCAUCGCCCUCGUCAAGUGCAAGAAGGUAAGCACCAUGUUUACUUAGCCCGUCUCCUAUAACUCUGGGCGGUGUAGUUUGUGGUCCUGCUUGUCGCCAAACUUGGGGUCAUUUGUCUCUCUAUAACUUUCCGGGGCUGCUGGACUUGUUUUCACUUGGAACAUAAACCUUGU